AUGAAUAUAAUAGAAGCAAGGAAACUUGCUUGGCUGAACCCACAUUCAGCGAACUCGUACGUCAUCAUUGUGUUUGGGAAAAAGAAAUACAGAACCAGCCUCAGAAGGAAUAUGCUUGAACCGUACUUUAAUGAGAUGUUCACUUUUGAAAUGUACAGCAGUGUACAAGCUUUGCUAAGGACAAACAUCUGGCUAGCCAUAAUGGAACCGAGGUGUUACGCUUCAUCGCGAAUUCUUGGCGAAAUAAAUCUAGAUUUAAACGUUAUUUGGUCGCAACCAAAUCAUCAAGUAAAUAACAAAUGGGUGCAGUUACACGCCCCACGGAACGUUUCGUUUGGCCCUGUCGGUUUUCUUAAGUUGAGUGUUGCUGUGGCUUUCAGAGACGGUGUCCAUAUUGACUCGAGUAGCAUAAAAAGCGAUGUAAUCGAUGAGAAUAUUUUAUGCGGCUUAGAGCAGCAACGGGCGAAUUAUCAGAUAACAAUAUAUGAAGCAUUUGGUCUCCCUUGCAACAAUAUGUCGGGGGACAAGAGAUUUGGAAAACCGCCCAGUACUUAUGUCAAAGUUUCUUUUUGCGGUGUAGUGGCGAAAACCGCAGUGCAGAAUAGAACGACUAACCCAAAAUAUUACGAACAAGUGUCCAUGGUCGAUAUUUUUCCGAAUGCGAGUCGAAUACGCCUCGACAUCUGCUCCUCGGACGAUAGUUUUAAGAAGCCCAUCGCAAGCGCACAAUUGAAUUUGGAAAAUAUAUCGCACGACGGCGAAAACGGGUUUCUUCCAACCUUCGGGCCUUCAUUGCUUCAUAUGUAUGGAGCGAGCUGUGGCCUGGCUGCUGGUGAUACAGGGCCCUACCUUCGCGGUUCUCUACUAGUAUCUCUUAAUACCAUAGUGCCUUAUUACCAACAUAAUAUUAGAAGUAUCAAUAUAGAACCUAUUGCACCUUUGAAACAGGAAGGACUAUGGAGAACAGAGGAAAUUUGUCUUUUUUGCCCAAUUUUGGAAGUUUCGAUGUUAGACCGUCGUAUAGUUGGGAAGUUUUGUGGGGUCGCUGUGACAUUUGGUGAAAUUCCAACUACACAGAUGGAAAAUGAAGGAUCCCAGAAGUACCACUACACUGGCUGUUUGAAUGUAAUAAAAACGCAGCCCUAUGGUUAUUUGGACUUAUCCAGCGCAUUUCCUGUGCUACAACUAGCGACAUAUUUGCCAGACUUCAGAUUCCGAAUGUAUAAACACAACAUGAUUGAGAAAAUUGUCGAUUGUUUGGAAUCGAAUUUGAAAGCGAUCGAACAACACAUAAAAUUUAAAAACAGGUCUAAUGAUGAAAUAUUUGAGAAAAUCAACAACUCCUUAAGUGAUACGGGAUGUAGUAUUCUUCAUUUCCUGGAACUACUAGGAUUAUGCGAAGAUAGUUGCAAUGCCAUCAAAUCACAGUAUAGCACGGAGUUUGAUAAAAAGGAAGACCUUCACGGUUGGCCUGAUAUCAUUAUUUGGCUACUUAACGAUGGAUCAAGGGUGGCAUAUGCAAAAAUGCCACCACGCGAUCUUAUAUACUCAUCAAUACCAGAGCAAAUGGGGACAAACUGUGGAAAAAUUCAGACAGUACAUUUGAAGCCCGUAAAAUGUCCGUAUCAUCCCAGCGCGCUGAACGGCUGUUCCUGCGUAGUGGGAAGGGUAGAAUUGCUGUUCUGGCUCGGCACUUAUUCAGAAAAAUCUGCUUUCAACCAUUAUCUACCACCUGGGUAUACACUGAGACAAAAGAACUACGACAUGUGUUUGAAGUCUCCGUCACUAGUUAUAAUAAAUACGGAAUCAUCAGUUUGGAACCAGGUCUUGAAAAUGCAAAAAAUUAUCUCAAUUUCACCAGAGAGGUUGUGGACUAGCCCUCCAAUGGCAUCGGUCGAAGUCAAUUUUGUGGACAUGUCGGGUAAAAUAGAGGUAGUCGGCCGGGUGUUAGUGAAAUGUUCAGUGGAUGAUAGACAAGAAUACGAGUUUGCGCCAAGACUUGAGUGGUACGAUUUAUAUAAAGGGCCAGAAUGCACUGGACAAAUUUUUAUGUCCAUGCAGAUAAUACAGAUAAUUGAGAAGUUAAUGAAAUCAACGAUAUACACUCCACUUGAAGAUUCCUUUGUUGUUGCUGGUGUGAAAGAUAUUGAGACAACAGAAUUAAUCGAGCCUCUACCUAUUAAUUUAAUUCCUGCCAUGGCAACUUACAAAGUCGAUGUUUACUGGUGGGGCUUACGCGAUGUAAAUAUAACGAGAAAACCCUGCGUCACUUUGGAAAUAGAUAAAAUGACCUUGAAAUCCGAAGUAAUUUCUGAUAGACAAGUUAAUAGUAAUUUUCCAAAGGGGCGUCAUUCGCAAAUAUUUGAAGCUCCUCUCAAUGACGACUACUGCCCGCUUGUCAAUAUUCGUUUACUUGAUAGCAGCACUUUUGGAAGAACUUUGUAUCUUGGCGCAAACACUGUUAAGAGCGCGAAGAAAUUCAUGGUGGAAUGGCUAGAGAAAGACGAACGAGAAUCUUCUAUUCAUAGAACAUCUAUUGCAUCUUCGGAUUUCUUUCAAGUCAGCCCAAACGUGUGUAUGAAGAAAUGUCAAUCAAGGGAGAAUUUGAACAGCGCUUCCAAUAUAUCUCUGAAUAAUAUUCGUAACCGACGCUCAAAUUGGCAGAGACUAUGCUGCAAUUCUGAACUGGAUGAAGAAGAAUACGUUUUGCUGCCAGUCAACAGUGUCAGGAACAAACAACCUCGCACUAAGUAUAACUUACCUAAACAAAACGGGUGGUGGUCUAGAUACUUACUGUCUCAGGAGAUAUACGACACCGAAUUGGAAGGUCAACCACAGUUUUCGAAAUUCAAAGAUUGGUGUUCCACUCUUAAAUUGUAUUACGACGACAAGAAGAUCGUUGAACGGGAUAAAUUAUAUUGCGGACUUUUAAAAGCUGGUGUUGUUAUAUACAAAUGGCCGCCACCGUCCAAUACUAUUGCAGUUAGUUCAAGUGGAGUUGAUUUGACUAGAGGCCGACUGGUCCUCGUGGGGGAAAAUGACUACAACCCUCCAACAAUCAUCAGCAACCAUGACAUUGAAGUCCUAAACAGUAGCCUCGAAAUAUACAUAGCGGCCCUUAAUGUUGGUACCUUAAGGGCUUUACUAAGAAGAUGGGAAAGCCUUACGGAACUUGUUUAUGUACUAGGCCCGCUAAAAUGGGACGUAAUUAAUUGGUUUGCGCGAGGUGAAGAAUGGGACAUAUGUUUCUUUGACGACCACCCGAAUAACGAGCCAGCGAAAUUUCUAGUUCGUGUUUAUAUUGUAAAAGCGCUUAACUUGAAAACUAAAGAGUUUGCCGGCAAAUCUGAUCCCUAUACUGUGGUCAGUUGUGGCAAGAAACAUUUUGGAAAUCGUGCCAACUACGUACCGAGCACACUGAAUCCGGUGUUUGGAAAAAUGUACGAAUUUCGCUGCAACCUGCCCGAAGAUUAUAUGAUAUCCAUUUCAUUGUACGACUUCAAUGCCAUACCCCCUGACGAGUUAAUUGGAUCCACUUCAAUAGAUUUGGAAGAUCGCAUUUACUCUAAGCAUAGGGCUCGAGUAGGUCUCGCGAAGCAGUUUAGUUUAAGCGAACCAUUAAAAUGGCGAGACUCGAGAAAACCAUCGACAAUACUCGAAGAAUUAUGUCACACGAAUCAUUUGCCGUCACCCAUGUUCCUGGAUGCGAAUACUGUUAUGGUUAACGGAGUAAAAUAUGUCGACGAGAGUAACGAAAGAGGAAAUAGUCUUUCAACCAUAGAGAAAAAAGAAAAUUUGUGCCUAAGCAUUUUGCACAAGUGGCAUAUGAUUCCAGUCUGUGGUUACUCUUUGGUUCCUGAACACGUUGAAACGAGAACUCUAUACAGACACGAGACACCUGGUGUAGAACAGGGAAAACUACACAUGUGGAUAGAUAUAUUUCCCAUCCAAAGUGAUACUAACAUCCCAACACCUGUAGACAUUAAGCCAUUGGACAUAGAAGAUUAUGAACUCCGGCUACGAAUUAAUUCCAUUCGUGACAUUAACUUGAAUCGUGGUUCAAUAGAAUUAAACCUCAACUCAAUGCCGCGGGGUAAGCAGUUUUCUCGAGCAAACUUUGAAGAUCUCACGGCUAACAAAGUAGAUUUAUUCAGAAUGGGUAGCCAUAAGGGUUGGUGGCCAAUCCAAAUUAUUGAUGACAAGGGCGUCUCCCAAACGGGUGUUAUACAGAUGGAAAUGACGCUACUGCCAUUGGAAAAAGCAAUUCUUAUGUCUUUUAGUCUUGAAAGGGAGUCGGAUAUUAUACCGAACCUAAGGUACAUUAUUCAAUUUGUUUGA